CUGCAUAUAUACUACGACCUUGCAUUGCACUGCGUCGCAACAUCUCAAGUUAAGUUGGUGUGGUGGUGUUCGUCGACGUAGCGCGCGCCAUGGAAGGGAUGAGCAAGCUCGCCGGAGGAGGAGGCGACGUGACGUUCGUCGGCGGCGGCCGUCGCAUGGCGGCCGCGGCCGCCGCGGCGCUCCGGCUCGUCGAGCUGGACCUCAUCGGCACGGUGGGCGCCGCCGUGCCGGGGCAGGCGACGGCGCCUCGUCUGCUCGUCGUGUCGCCGGCGCCGGCGAAGGAGGAGGAACGCGACGGCGACGACGACGGCGAGCCGCGGCAGCUGUUCGCGUGCCACUACUGCCGGCGCGAGUUCUACAGCUCGCAGGCGCUGGGCGGCCACCAGAACGCGCACAAGCGGGAGCGCACGCUCGCCAGGCGCGGCGCCGGCGCGGGCGCCGGCGGCGAGCAAGCGUCGUCGUCGUCUUUCGCCAUCCACCACGGCGCGUUCGUGUCGGCGUCGCCGGGGUGGAUGGCGCGCGUGCUUCACGGCGAGGCGCCGCCGGCGAUCUCGGUGGCCGGCGACGGCGGCGGCGGCGAGCGGUGGUGGUGGGGCGGUGGAAACGUCGGCUACUACUGGCCGCGCGACGGAGACGAUCAAACGCGUCAACUCGACCUGACGCUAAAGCUGUGAAAUUGCUGGUGUAAAAAAACACACAUAUGGACACAUAUUUUUGCUGCUGGAAAUGACCCUAGCUUUUUCUUCUCCUGCAUUUUUUUUUCUUGCUUCUACAUUUCUGGUGUCCCGGUUGAUCGGGACACGGAUCCUCUGCAGUACUGCACUUGCAGUAGCAGUAGUUGACGGGUGGUCCCAAUCCCAUAUUUCAAUGGCAGCUACUGUAGGUGCAGUAAUGUAAAUAAUCCCCACUGUGUUGAUCGAUGUAUAUAAAUACUAGUAAUUUUACAACCUUAA